AUGGCGGAUGGACGGAUCCUAUGCAGCAGUACGGUCCAUCCACAGAGCUACAACCUCGCGUCGCUACAUAGGCGCAAUCACACCGAGCCGCCGCUCAACUACAUGGUUUGGAUCCUGGGCGCUGGUGUUUCAACGCCGGCAGUCCCAGAGAGAGAGGGAGUUCUCGAGGAAGAGGAGAGGGAGACGCCAAGUCACCCAAUUUUUCUGCUAACCCUAGCUGAACCUAGCGUCUGGUUCAGUGGUACAGAAGAUGGCGAAAGGGGAAGACACAAAGUGGAGUUUGGAGGUUGUUUGGCUCGAUUUUGCUACACUUCAAGGCCCCUUUGCAAAAUGUACCAGCACCCACAUCUUUGA